AUGUGUUUUGUAAGACCAUGUGUUGCUAGUGUACCAGGUCAUACGGAAACUUCUCGUUUCAGAAGGGGGACGAAGGCUGGACGCAGGGUCAUCAGGCAUAUCCACACUGUCUGUGGUGGGCGGUUGAGAUACGAAGGACAUCAACUGGGGGUUAAUGGAGAUAACCUGGUGUAUAUCUUCGAUGAUAUACUAAGGAAUCCUUCAUCUCCCUUGAAAGUUUCUGCUGAACCAUGCGAAGCUCUUCCAAUCCCAACAUUGAUUCAAAAUCGAGUAAAGAGAAUUGACUAUCCGAACAGUCGUAAUGAUUCGAAUUUGUCAAGACCAAAGAUCUUUGACCUAAACACUUCCUACGGUACGGAUGCGGUGUGUAAGAUAAACAAUCGCAUUACGUAUGGUAAACCAAGAAAAGUUGAGGACUUUGACUUAGUCGCAUUGACUGAAACUUGGUUAGGUUCCUCUGUUGAUGAAGCUGUUGUGAAUGAACUGAAACCAUCAUGCUACGAAAUCAUUCGUCAAGAUCGCAACAGUGGACGCCGUGGUGGUGGAAUAGCUCUUGUCUUUAAGAAGGGAAUUGAUGUGACCGUUCUGAACACAAGCUCGGAUAUUUUCACUCAAUUCGAACAUCUAGAAGUUACAGUCCGAAUAGAAGACAUGAGAAUGAAUCUAUGUAUCAUUUACAGACCGCCACCUUCUACUGUGAAUGGUUUAACUACCAGUCAGUUCUUCUCAGAAUGGGACACCUAUCUUGAUCAGAAUACUAUAUUUCCCCAAGACCUAGUAAUCAUAGGUGAUUUCAAUUUUCACGUCGACAAUCGUAGUGAUCCUGAGGCAAGCAGGUUGUUACAAUCCCUUGAUGAUCGCAACCUUAUACAACACGUGGACGAGCCGACCCAUGUUCACGGACAUAUCCUACACUUGCUUAUCACACGAUCAUCUAGUGAAAUACUACAUUCACGUCCUCAAGUCAAAAAUCCUUCAUUGAGUGAUGUGAAAGGAAACUUGUGCUGUGACCACUAUGCUAUACAUGCAACGUUCAACUGCAGAAAGCCACAACAUCAACGUAAAGAGAUUACAUUUAGAAGGCUCAAGAAUAUCGACAUACAUGAUAUGAGUAAAGAUAUCAAAAAUCAACUACAAGAUGAAUCCGCACGAAAUGAGAACACAUCUGUUGACCAUUUAUGGUACACAGACGAGCUCAAGAAAGCGAAACAACAGAAGCGGAGAACGGAGAGACUAUGGCGUAGAUCUAAACUAGAAAUACACCACCAGCUUUUUAAAACGGAAUGUAAGCAAACAGGUCAAUUACUACGCAAGGCAAAAGAAGAAUUCUAUUCUGCUAAAAUUCAGGAAUGCAGAUAUGAUCUGAAAAACUUCUUUAGGGUGACGAAUUUAUUGUUGGGUAAGAAUCAGAAGAGUCCCCUACCAACAUCAUCAUCAGAUGAAGAUCUUGCAAAUAAAUUUUCAACGUUUUUUAUAGACAAAGUAACAUCCAUCAGAGAGACACUUAAACAAAAAACAGAAAAAGAAGACAGCUAUUUAGGCACAGAUGUAUACUAUCACGGGCCUCUAUUAGCUGCUUUUGAACGUACCACUGAAGAUGAAGUACGAUCCCUAAUAAUGAAGGCACCCAGUAAAUCAUGCGAACUGGAUCCAAUUCCAACAAAGUUACUGAAAAAGUGCCUGGAUCCGGUAAUACCGCUUGUCACAGAAAUGGUUAAUGCAUCUCUCGAUCAGGGAAUUUUUCCGUCUGCAUGGAAGGAGGCCAUAGUUCGUCCACUUCCUAAGAAACCUGGACUAGAUAAGGAAGUGUUGAAAAACUAUCGGCCCUCGGCAUAUCGUCCGAGGCACUCCACGGAAACGGCCCUCAUCAAGGUCCACAACGAUAUUGUGACAGCCCUAGACCAACAAUCUUCAGCAGUCCUUGUCCUUCUGGAUUUAUCCGCUGCUUUUGAUGUUAUUGACCAUAAUAUCUUGUUCCAACGCCUAACUGUGUCUUAUGGUUUCCGUAAUGGAGCUCUUGAGUGGAUCAAGUCUUACCUCAAGAACAGAAAACAAUGUGUCACAAUUGGAUCCGUCCGAUCAGAGUCUAGACAGCUGCCUUUUGGUGUCCCCCAAGGAUCUGUACUCGGACCGAAAUUGUAUUGCCUCUUCUCCAAACCCAUUGGAAUCAUAUGCCACCGACAUGGAAUGAUAUAUCACUGCUAUGCAGAUGAUACACAAAUCUACAUGAUCAUAAGACCACUGGAAAAUUGGAACAAUUAUUUCUCUCGACUUGAAGCGUGUCUUAGUGAAAUUGGUUCAUGGAUGACAUCAAACCUACUCAAACUAAACCAAGAAAAGACCGAGCUAAUAAUCUUCACCACAAAGCAACACCAGAAGUAUCCGCCAACAUUACAACUAAAAGUUGGUGAUAAUAUCAUUGAAAGCGUGCCAUGUGUAAAAAAUCUAGGUGCAUUUUUUGAUCAACACCUUACUAUGGAAAAACAGGUAUCCUCGGUCGUCAAGUCAUGCUAUUUUCAAAUAAGCAAUAUUGGACGAAUACUGCGCUUUCUUACAGAAGAAGUCUGCAAGACCAUAGUGAAUGCCGUUAUCACCGCCAGGCUGGACUAUGGGAACUGCUUUCUAUAUGGAGUGUCAAAGGCCUUACUAGACCGGAUUCAAAAAGUCCAGAACACGGCAGCUCGUUUAGUUACAAGAUCAUCGAAACGGGAGCAUAUUACACCUAUCCUAGCUGAUCUUCAUUGGCUACCUGUUUCUUUUCGUCCACAAUAUAAAAUCUUGACAUAUGUCUACCAAUCCUUACACGGGUUAGCUCCAUCUUAUAUCAAAGAUCUUAUAAUGGAAUACAAGCCUACCAGGUCACUGCGAUCUGAGUCAACAUCACAUUUAGUUGUUCCUAAGAUCAGGACGAAGACAUGGCGCACGUCGACUUGGUUGGGCAGCAGCAUUUUUGUGGAACGGCCUUCCUAA